AUGGUUGCUGUCCCACAAAUCACCCUCUCCAAUGGUGUUUCGAUGCCAGCCGUUGGUCUCGGAACUUGGCAAUCUACACCAGAAGAGGUCAAGAAGGCUGUGCGAGUUGCUCUCGAAUCCGGAUAUCGAUUGAUUGAUACCGCUGCCAUUUAUCAAAACGAGGAAGCUAUCGGAGAAGCUGUCGAACAAGCGAUUGCUGAUGGAAUUGUCACUCGUGAACAACUCUUCAUCACUACCAAAGCGUGGACCCAUGAAUUUGCUCCAGGAAAACUUGAGGCGGCCCUUCGUGAAUCUUUGAGAAAAUUGAAAACCACCUAUGUUGAUUUGUAUUUGGCUCAUAUGCCAACUGCCACUGCUGUAAGUUUUUGAAAUGGAUCUAAAAAAUGUUAACCUUCACUUCACAUAAUAUAUUUUUUUCAGCAAGAUGGAUCUGCUCUCGACGUCACUGUUGAACAAGUUUGGCAAGAAUUCGAGCAUGUCUACAAUCUUGGUCUCGCCAAAGCUGUCGGUGUUUCAAACUGGAAUAACGAUCAAAUUGCUCGUGUUUUGAAGAGUGGAAAGGUUGCAGUUCACAAUUCUCAAGUUGAACUUCAUUUGUACUUUGCUCAACACGAUCAUCAUGAUUUCUGCAAAGCCAACAACAUCUCAGUGACAUCGUAUGCCACUUUGGGAUCUCCAGGACGUGUUCACUUCAAAUUGCCAACCGGACAGUGAGUUGAAAGGAUUCAGUCUCCAUAUGAUCAUUUUUUAACAAUAAACUUUGCAGAAAAGUUGAAUGGGCUCCAGCCGCUUCUGAUCUCGAAGAUUCAAAUGUUGUUGCCAUCGCCGAAAAACAUCACAAAACUCCAGCUCAAGUUCUAUUGAGAUACGCUUUGGAUCGUGGAAUCGCCAUCAUUCCAAAAUCAAUCACUCCAUCAAGAAUUGUUGAAAACUUCCAACUCUUCGACUUCCAAUUGACUCAAGACGAAAUUGCGCUUUUGGAAAGCCACAAAGUCAAUCAACGUCUUUUCUUGCAAGAAUUGUAAGUCAUUUUCAGCAGAGAUUUAGGUUUUAUUUUCAUUUUUCUCAUUUUCAGCAUGGCUGGACACAAAGAGGAUGCGUUCCCAAGUGAAAGAUAA